CCCUUCUUUCUCCCACCAACCCGCCAUCAUGAUGCUCAAGAUCGCCGUCCUUCUGGCCAUGGCCGUCGCGGCCAACGCCAUGUCUUUCGACGACUUCAAGACCACCUUCGAGAAGCAGUACGAGUCGCCUGAGGAGGAGGCUCGCCGCUUCGCCAUCUUCGCCGACAACCUCGCCUUCAUCGCCCGCCACAACGCAGAGGCUGCCCGCGGCCUCCACACCCACACCGUUGGUGUCAACCAGUUUGCCGACCUCACCAACGAGGAGUACCGCCAGCUGUACCUGCGCCCUUACCCCACUGAGCUGCUCGGCCGCGAGCGUCAGGAGGUCUGGCUCGAUGGCCCCAACGCCGGCUCCGUCGACUGGCGCCAGAAGGGUGCCGUCACGCCCAUCAAGAACCAGGGCCAGUGCGGCUCCUGCUGGUCUUUCUCCACCACCGGCUCCGUUGAGGGCGCCCACGCCAUUGCCACCGGCAACCUCGUCAGCCUCUCCGAGCAGCAGCUCGUCGACUGCUCUGGCUCCUUUGGCAACCAGGGCUGCAACGGCGGUCUGAUGGACAACGCCUUCAAGUACAUCAUCUCCAACGGCGGCCUCGACACUGAGCAGGACUACCCCUACACCGCCCGCGACGGUGUCUGCGACAAGUCCAAGGAGUCCAAGCACGCUGUCAGCAUCUCCGGCUACAAGGACGUUCCCCAGAACAACGAGGACCAGCUCGCCGCUGCCGUCGAGAAGGGCCCCGUCUCCGUUGCCAUUGAGGCCGACCAGCAGAGCUUCCAGAUGUACAGCAGCGGUGUCUUCUCCGGCCCCUGCGGCACCAACCUGGACCACGGUGUCCUCGUUGUUGGCUACACCUCGGACUACUGGAUUGUCAAGAACAGCUGGGGCGCCUCCUGGGUGACCAGGGGUGGCUGCCACUCUGGCGAGCAGGCCGUCCGCAUUGAGGGCAUCAGCGGCUCUUUCUGCUCCCCAUCCUGCAGCUCCACUUCCCCUUGCCCCACCAACGUUCCCCCAGGCACCACUGCCCAGCCUGAGUGCGUCCUCGAGACCCAGGGCUCCUCCCAGCCAACCAACUGCGCUCUCAUCUGCAACCCAGAGGAGAACGAUGGCGGCUGCCCCCAGAACGCCUCGUGCAAGCCCAUCCAGGGCGUUGGCAUCUGCACCUACGACUCGUAA